UCUUUAGUCUCCCCACCCCUCCCUGUGCUCAGAUCUGAGGCUACGGGGCAGCCUGUGGUUAACACAGUCGAGGGCCACAUGAUCAGAGAUGUCAGUGAGGAAACCAAAAGUCUCAUAUGUGCUUUGUGCAAGCUUUUUCCUGUUUACAUCCUAAUUCUCAAUGGCCAAUAACACAAAUAUUACAGUGCUGGUCAUCAGUCAUAUUUGUGAACUAAACCAACAUGCUGCUCUUUCCACUGCCCGCCCAAAGAUUAAUAAAACAUAAAUAAUUAAUCCAUGUUCCAUUUGAAUUUAAUAAAAGACAGUCUGUAUAAUUUCUAAGCACAGUUUAAGCCAUAUGUUAGCGUGUUCUCACAAAUUACAAAGCCACCAAUGAUUCAAUUGAACCCCAUUCUUGGAAAACAACAUGGCAGUUAGCAGCUACUAGCAGAUCAGGUGGUCAAGACGCUCUCGGGUGUCAGUUUCAGAUUUAUGCCUUACUUCAGCUUUUUAUAGUGAUUUGAUAUUCCAGGAGUUAUUUGUCACGUCUCUGAAGCCCCCUAAAAUAAAUUGGUAGGUCUCCUGAAGGCGGGCUGAGUGCAGGACUCAGUGUGGCUCUGAUCCUCCUGUCAUGUCAACGUGUGCACUGCUGCUGUCGUCUCAGGCAGCCUGUGGGCUCAGCGAAUCCACAUUCUCCCGCGAGUCCCCUCUGCAGGCAGACCUAGAGGACCCUUGUCCACCUGCCAGGCUCUGCAGACUUUGUGGGGAGAGCAAACCUGUUUCAGAAUGUCUGGAGUGCUUCACAGCCUCUGAGCUGUGCAGAUCUUUUGAAGAGAGCAAGUCCUUUGUGAGGAGCAACAUCACUAAAUACUUGGAGACCUCUACCUUUUUUAGAAGCAAGUGCUUUGAAGCAAACAUGCCUGCUGAACUUUUUGACCCCUCUAAAGUCUCACAGCAAGGCUAUCCUAAGGAGUCUUUGGAAGUUGCAGCUGAAUCCAGGAUGAUUUCUGCAGAGAAAUCUGUUGACUUUAUGGUGCACCAGACCAUCUCUGGACUAAUGCAGCCUGAUGGAGAUUAUACUGAAAAUGGGCAGUUCAAUGGAGAGCUAUUAGAGGUGCAAGACAGAUUUGAUUCUUCUGAGAACAGCAGUCUGUUUGACUACGACUUGGAGCACAGUGAGUCUCUUGCAAUAAGCACAGCUUUUGUCUCUUUAGAAGAAAAAAAAAUUGAAUGUAGCACAGAGUCUCAAAUCAGUGAGCAAACUCAGAUCGCUGAACAUGACAAUGAACCAUUUACCUUGUCGGAUGUCAUGUCUGAUCUUUGCGAGCAGGUAGAUACUGAAAUUCCUGAGCUUGUCUCCGCAGACGUUGACACGCUGUCUGAACAUGAAGCAGAAUCUGAGGGACCUUCAGAAGAGUACUGUACCUCUGAUGGUUCUGAGGAAAUCACUGUUUCAGAUUUGUAUGAACGGUGCAGCACACACAGUGAAAACACAGAAUUGGAUCUGGAUUCACCACCCUGCGGAUACCUCGAACAGUGCAGGCUUAACAAUCAAAACAUGCCCUCUGAAUGCCAUACCAGACAUUUUGAACUGUCCGAACUGUGCCAGGCCUCCAGAGAAAGCAAGCCUGCCUGGCUUUCUGGGUCCCUUGAGCAGCAACCACCUGCUGAACAAAGAGAAACCAUAGAUGACACACAGUUAAAUCCUGAAAUUGCCCCAGGAUCCUAUACUCACUCGUUUGAGAGCACAGAUCAAAGCCAGGUUUCUGAUGAACACACUUUGGAACAGACUGAAAAUUAUACUCAACAAGAGCUUUUCAGCUACAACCAGCUGUCUGAAAAUGAUAUUAUGCUAGUACAGUGCUUGAGUUGUGGAAGAUACUUUGAGAAAUGUGAAAUCUCUGAACAGUGCAGUCCCUCUGAGCCUACUGACCCUUCUGAGAACCCAGAACAAAGCGGAAAGUGCCUGGAAUUGUGUGAGAGUUCUGGAACACAGCGUUCCGUGUUUCACACCUCUGAACUCCCCAAAGAAAACCCUCCCAUGGAAAACAACAACAACAAGGUUAGAAAACACUCAGAUUGUGAUGCUAUGUUUUUUGGAUCGAUGGAAACCUUUGAGGCACGCUGGCUCUCUCAGUUUCUUGAUGAUCACUGUCAACAAAAUACCUUCGGAAACCAGGCAGACCUCAAUGUUGCAAUCACUGAGCCAAAUGACGAAUUACUCAGCAGUGACAGUAAUGAUGAUUCUGAACCUGUAAUUGAAGCCUCAGAUGGCUCAGCUGAGCAGAGGACGCUUUGCGGGGUGUGUGAAAGGAGAGAAAAAGGACAGUUUCAUUAUGAUGAACCCACUCAACUCUUCCAACUUUGUGGCUUUAAGGCAGAAGCUCUUGAACUUGGCUCUGAUGAGAGCAGAGCCAUAGAAUCAGUUGUUAAAGCAGGGUCUCUGGAUGAAUCUAGCGAGGAAGAGUAUGCUGACUGUAUUGAUAGCAAAAGCCAAAGCAGCUCUGAAACAGAUGAAUCGUUUAAAAGUUUUGCAGACGAACCGGAGAGUUUCGAAAUCUAUCCUGAUCAGUCUGAUGACAGCAAAGGUUUGCCGAAUCUCUAUGAGGAAGAUGGAGCUUAUGAACAUUAUACUGAGCCAUAUGAGCUGUGUGAUGGUCAUGAUGAUGCCUGUGAACAAUAUGGACAUGACAUGGUAGAUACACAUGAGGAAAACCACUCUUGCUCUGAACAAAACGUAAUGGAAAAAGAAGUCUAUAAAACUUAUGCAGAGGCUCUGUCUUCGGGACUGUCUGUAGGGAAUGGUGAAGCUCACAAACCCUGCACUGAACACACAGAGGCUGGUCAGGGUGAGAGUUAUAGACUUAAUCUUGAUGAGGGCACCACACCGUAUGCUGUAGAAGGCUGGGGCGGUGAACUCUCUGAAGAAACAGAGGUCAUUGAACCCUAUGAGGAAGUUGCAAGUGAAGCCGAUGGACUUCCCAGUGAAGCUGAAGACACUUGCAAGGCUUCAUCAGGAGAAACCACUGUGUUAGAGAACUGCAGUACAGCAGGUGAAGCUGACAGGCUUCCCAGUGAGGCUGAAGACACCUAUGAGACUUUGUCAGAAGAUGGCUUGGAUCCAUUUUCUGUUGAAAGUACAUGUCAUGACCAUGAAAUCAACACCUGUGAAACACAUUCUGAAAAGAUAAAUACUGCAGAAAAUGAGGUAUCUGAAAAUGUGACAGAGGAAGUUACACAAGACCUCGUUCCUGAGAAAACAGGUGAAGAAAAUGAAAAUGAAACACACCAGCUUGAUUUGACUGAUGAGACCCCAGUGAAUGAAAACUGUGAGGUGUAUGAAACCAUUGAUGAAAUUGAAGGGGCUCACGGACCAUGCUGUGGAGAGAUAGAAACAUCUGAAGAUGAUGAGGCCUCUAUAUUUGGCUUUGAAGAAGUAGCAAUACACAUUGAGGAGCCCACCUUGUUAAAUGAGAAGAAGAGUGUGCAAAAUGGAGAUCAGGAACUAUUGAUAACUCAAAAUGGCAUUGAGGUGCAGUCAAAUGAAAAUGAGGAGCUUAUUGAGCCUUGUGGUGUGUCGACAGGUGAAACGGAAACAGAACAUUUCCCAGCACAAAGCAAGAGUAGUAAAAAGUUGGAAGACUUAAUAUACCAAGUUUCAAGAUGUGAAACAACAGAGCAUAGUGAGGAAAGUACAGUUUUUAAGCAAGCCAGUCAGGAAAAGGCCGACUAUGAAGAAGAAGAGCCCUCUGAGGACAGUGAGGCAUCUGACGAUGAUGAGUUCCCAGAUUCCUGCGAUUGUGAAUUCUGUGUGCCAUCUGUUGAUCAGGUGCCACCCAAGCCGCUUCUACCGCAGAUGAAGUCUCAAGACACAGGAAAGAUCUGUGUAGUGAUCGAUCUGGAUGAAACACUAGUGCACAGUUCAUUCAAGCCAGUGAACAAUGCUGAUUUUAUCAUUCCAGUGGAAAUUGAUGGGGCUGUACACCAGGUGUAUGUGCUAAAGCGACCUCAUGUUGAUGAGUUCUUGAAACGGAUGGGUGAAUUAUUUGAAUGCGUGUUAUUCACUGCAAGCUUAGCCAAGUAUGCAGACCCAGUCUCAGAUCUGCUGGAUAAGUGGGGUGCCUUCCGCUGCCGUCUCUUUCGGGAAUCCUGCGUGUUUCAUCGUGGAAACUAUGUCAAGGAUCUAAGCCGUUUGGGCAGGGACCUCAAUAAAGUCAUCAUUGUGGAUAAUUCACCAGCAUCGUACAUCUUUCACCCAGACAAUGCUGUACCCGUAGCCUCCUGGUUUGACGACAUGUCCGACACAGAGCUGCUGGAUCUGAUCCCGUUCUUUGAGAGACUCAGUAAAGUGGAUGAUGUGUAUGCUGUACUCAAACAGCAGAGGACUAGCAGCUAGCAUGAUACGUGGAGCAGCUUUCACUAUGGGGCCAGGGAGGCUGGUGGGUUCAGAGCGCCACUUCCCCGCUAACAGGAUCAGCCGCCGGCUCGGUCCUCAUCACCUACCCAGAAUUCCAUUCGCAGGAUGUUUGACAGAAAAGAAAACAAGUUGAAUGAAACCUGGUAUGGCCGAUGGAACUGUGAAGGACUGCUUUAUCGUGCACACAUUUAAAAAAGAAAAAAAAAAAAAGAAAUUUUAUUGAUUUUUAACACUCGAAUGUGUGUUAUUCCUUCUUUUUAUAACUCUUUAUUUUUCCACUUUAAAGGCAAGGUAGAGGGACGCCCUGUUUAAAUGAACAGUCCGGAUUAACAGUUCAGUAUCUCUGAUUUUUAAUUGAGAAAAGACUUUUCUGGAUGACUAGAUUUCAGCACAGCAGCUCCUUAGAUUUAUAUAUAUCAUAUUAAAGAACAGCUCUGACAUUUUGAUCAGUGACCAUGUUUCAUUAGUUUGAUAUGUAGUAAAUGUGUUCAGAGGUUUUUGGUUUGGUCCUUCUGAGAGGAAAGCAGCAAACCAGAAUUGCUCCCUAGCCCUCAACAAGAGCCAAGGGAACUGAACAUCCAUUCCAAAUCAGGGUGGAGAAUAAAAACAUAACUCUGGCCUUGUGGGAAUUCAGUGGUAUCGACAUGCAGAUGUGCAGCAAAACUGAAAGUUGUUAUAUACAAAGUAUUGCAACAGUUGUAGCGUUUUCUCCUUGCCUGGAUGCCUUGUUGAGGCACAAGAUGUGAGAUGAUUUUUAUAAGCUGAUAAGUGUUUCUGUUUGUUGGUGUGUUGUUGUACGUAGACCUUCUUACAUGAGUGGAAAACCGUUCUGUCUAGUAUGCCAAAUACCAAAUCAGAAUUUUGUCAUUUUAGUCCGCAUUGUCAAGUAAUUAGGUCACCAUCAUAAGACGUUUAGGAUGAUAGAGAUUUAAUAUUAUUAGAAACUCAUUCUGUGUAUUUAAAGCUUUAGCUUCUUUUGUUGUAGGUAUAAAGAUUAUCACAGGUGUCUGCUUACAUGUAUUAUAAACAAUAAGCAGUUGAACAUGAGCUGAUUUGCCUAAAUGUCAGUGCUGUCCUUUAAGCCCUCAUUUCUUUAAUGAGGAUACCUCGAACACCCAAGUAGGGACAAAAUAAUGAAUGUCAAUCACAUAUAAUACUAUGUUGUCUGUUUUUAUCCCACCAAAUUGUAAAAAAAAAAAAAAAACUUUUUUUUUUGGUUCCCCUUCUUAAAAUGAAAAUUGCUUGGCUUCAGUUAAACAAUCAUGUUGUGGUUUUGCAGAGCUAUGGAUGUAUGAAAGGGAAGCUGGCAAGGUCCCUCACCUACUGAGGACCCAGUUUUGGGCUAAUGGGUAAACAAGCUAAAGCAGCUUUUAAAAAAUUCUACACCACAUGCUUUCAUUUUAUCCAGAGAGGCCAAGGAUUUACUGUAGCAAAGGCAUUUGUGAGGCAAGUGCUCUUAGUCAAAUACAGUUUGUCUUGUACUGUAUGUGCCAUUAGUGAGUUUAUAUUACUCAGAUAAGUAAAGUAUUCUGGAAUCAAACCCUGUUUGUUGUAGUAGAAGCACAAACUUCUCCAUGAGCCUUAACAAUGUUUUUAUCACUAAAUUGCCUUUUUUUUUAAAGAUCACUCUUUCAGAAGUAAAACCUCUUGGUAAUGACCGUCAAGGUGCCUUAGUUUUGGAUGUUCAGCUUUUCCUGCAUAGCAAUGCCAAUGAAUGUGUCAUUUAACACUAUCAGAUGGACUCUUUCGCAAGUGUCAGUAUUGAUGCCGUGGGAUGUGAUGUUUAGAUGGGAUAAGAAAAGAGAUAGAAAGCGAUUUUGAUGGUGGUGAUGAUGAUUAUUGAUGAUUGAGCUGUUUGUAAUGUUGGAGUUUCACCCAUUUUAUUUUUUUUAACUGGAUGAUGAUGGUAGAUUCUUCUUUCUCUACUUUUGAUAAUGAACAUAGUACUGUGCCAAGGGAGAGAAAUAAUUUAUUUAUAAUUUUGGCCUAAAAGUUUGAAAGAUGCUUUGUUUUUGACAAGCACCAUUGGUUUUCUCUCUUCAUCUGUACUUGAAAGUGGCCACACAUUUUCUUUGAAAUACUGCAGAUCAUCAAAUGUACAGUAAUGUGUAUUAUGACAUCAGUUAGAAAUCUUUUCAAAUCACUCUAGAUUUAUGUCUUGUAUCAGACUGAACUUUAAAAAUGUAAAACAGUGGUACUAUCAGGAUAAGCAGUUUCUAGUUUUAGUAGGACAAACAAAAUAUGGGGGUAAAUUUUAAAAGUGUGCCUAACGCUCCGGUCAGCAGCCUGGCUACCCGGAUGUUUCCGUGAAACUCUGUUAGCUGUAGCUUGUGGGGAUGUACAGUCCUCUCUGAACACUCUUGACUCUGAUGCAAUGCCAGACAUGUCACUUUAUCGCAUGUCUGACUUGGUACAUUCUUGGAGGCCUCAUCAAUCUCAGAAAGACUUCUCACACUGGUCCUCAUAUGCAACCAGUGGGCCUGGACCAGUGCUUUUUUUUUUUCUUUCUCCACUUAUAUAAUAGUCUCGCUGGUGUUCAGAUUGAAUAAUAAGCCUAUGCUUUUGUAUUUUCCUUAUAAAUACAGAGAAAUGGCACUUAACCAUACCAUGCAUUAACUGAAAAAUCUACAAGGCAAUCUGUGCUGAUUUUGAGCUCCUGAAAGGAAAUGUAGCAAGGGGUAGCCUCAGUUAUCUUUCACUGCUUCCUCUGACCGUGGUGCUGUCCGUUCAGGAGUCAUCUGUUUUCCCUAUUGUUUAACCCAGCUCUGCACACUCUGCUUAUCUCGCUGUUGGAUGCUGUUUGUGUCAUGAGGUCAUUGUAGAAUGAAUGUAAUAAGUAGCGUCUGCUGAGGUUACAGUGACCAUUUCCACUGCUACACCAGCACCCUGAUACUGUCUUACUGUCUUACUGUAUGACGCACAGCCCUAGGGUCAUGGAAUGGAGCUGCUGGAUCUUCUGAACAUAAAACGUCUUGGGAGUGCAGGGAUAGCCAGCUCCAGUCCUGGAAGUGGAUUCACUGGAUAUCAAAACAGUAUCCAACAUAUGUGCAUAAAGCGUGUCGGAGUAGAAGCAGUGGUCUAACGUCUGACUGCUGCUGUGUCUACGCUGACCUUGUGAAACCUUAUACUGCAUCCGCACUCUGAAGUGCUUUAGAAGCCCUGAUCCUAGAUUAGAACUUUUAUGCCGAGCAUUUGGAGGUCCCUUUUUUAUUUUUAUUUAUUAAAUUUUUUUAAGAGAAAAAGCUCCCCCUAGAGUUUGGUUCUAUGUUUAAUGACUAUUCAUGUUCAGCUUUGUUUUUUUUUUUCCCCUUUUCUUUUUUUCCCUGUAUCCUAAAGCUGUCAUAUCCAGGGUUUCAGCGCCUGAUGAUGACAAUAUACAAGGCACCAUGCAAGUGAAUCCGAUUUGUAAUCAAAUGGACAUCCAUUCAUGUCCACAAUCAGCAGCCACUGGUUGUGGCUGCCAAAUUUUGCUAUCUGACUUUGGCACUUGUUGUUUUGAGAAAGAUUUAAGACCUUGUAAGAGCUUUGAAUUCUCAACAAUCAGCUGAACGCUCCAGUCAGGAAUGGCCACUAUUGACUAGUACUGCAACAACAGAGACGUUCGACUUAGAGCACCUACCUAUUAAGAUGUAGUACUGUGUACAUUUACUGUGCUCUCUGAGCUUAUGGUGGGGCAGCUAAUUGAUGCCAUUUGGGCAAUUCCUGAGUGGAGUUUAAUUCCUCUGAUUUUUCACAUUUCUGCAUAUCUCAUUCGUUGAGAUGUAAACAAAGUCAUUCAGAGUGGUUUGAUAUGAAAUGAUGCAUUACAGAGAAACUUACUGACACUAAUUCCUACACAGCAGUGGUGAUAGGAACCAGGGGUCACAAUGUCUAAAAUGCAAGUAUAGCCAUUUUAUUUACUAUCUAAAAUGACCAGUAAAUCUACACACCCUGAGUUUGUAUGUCAUAAUGUUGAUAAUGGUAAAAUAGUGGUAAAUCUGAAAAGUUUUCUUUGGGUACUAUUUUGUCAUACAACACCCUGCAUGCACCUCUCCACCAUGAAUGACUUUUAAAUAGUUAGGCUAAGACUGUUCAAAACUGUUGUAAAACAAUGUCACAGGCACUGUUUUAAUGACUAUUUAAUGUAGUAACUUUCUCUGAGGGAGCUUUUAGAGGUACUAAACUCUCCAGACGUCUGGUUCCUAUCACCACUGUGAACAGUUCUGACUCAGCAAGUUUCUCAAGAAUGAAGCACAUCACAUCAAACCACUCUGACUUUUCAUUUUAAUUAUGUAAUUAGGCGUAACUUUUGAAAAAUUGGUGGAAUUUUUUAAGAAUCCAUUUCGAGAUACUCGAUGAGUAAUGUAUGAUGUAUAUAGCUUUGUCAUUUUCACACACCCUCUGCCUUUUUUUAACUGUACUGCCCCUUUGCUACAUUUAAACGAACUACAAACAGCACAUUUGUUCCACACAAUUUGUCUGUCUGCUCAUUUGCGUAGCGCAAACCAAAAUUUGGCAUUAACAGAUAGAGAUGUUCUUUUCUUUCUUGUUUUGUGAUUUGGGAAUAGGAAUGCCAGGUUUAAAUUAAGUCAACUGUAACCUAGUUUUGAAACUUGUUUUGUAAUUAUUAAUUGUAUUUUACUGUAUUGAAUGAGCUAUAUCAUAAAUGAAACGAAUGAAAAGCCA